CAGCAUAGUCCCCAUUUUUUUUCAUGAGCUCUCCUAUAAUUUGAAUCACCUGUGAUUUGGGCGCAUCCUGUUAUCGGCCCCUUAACGUUUGUAUGUAAUGUAGCGUUAUCAUAUCAGUGCGAGAUUAGAUACCGCGAGUGUAGGACGCAGUGUCGGGGGCGGUCACUAGUGUUAUUAUUCUGUGCUAGUGUUGUGAAUUUGUGAAUAUAAUGAGAAGCAAGGACCGGCUAUCAGAACUCCAAAAUAUUCAAAAUGUUUCAAAUAAUGGCCAGAUAUACAACGAAACAGUCGAGAUAUACGUGCACGGGGAGAAGAAUUACGAAAAGGAUGAAAUACAGAACAUAUUCAAUGAGGUGGACCGCAUGCGCGCGUGGAUCCACGACAUCAACGGCAACACGCAGCUGAUGCGGAGGCUCCACGCCGACCCCACCUUCCACACCAACAAGCACCUCCAAGACCAGUUAGACUCCGUAAUAACGCAAUCCAACGCCAUCGGCCUCAAGAUCUGCGGCGCCCUACGCCAGUUCGAGUCCCGAGCCAGUGCUAAGAAGAAUGACGUGAAAGCGCGGCUUUCGAGGCUACAAUACGCCACCACCAGGCAGCUUUAUAGCGACGCGUUGACGAAGCAUGAGCAGACACUGCAAAUGAUCAAGGAUGCCCAGUAUGAUCUGUUGCAGGAGCAGAUUAGGUUGACCAAUCUCUCCAUAUCUGAAGAAGAGUGCCAGAAUUUAUUAGAAACCAACAACAUAUCCCUGUUCGUUGAUAACUUGCAAGCCGAGACUCAAGAAGCUAGACUAGUGCUAAGAGACGUCGAAGCUCGACAUCAGGAAUUAUUGCGAAUCGAGGAAUCCCUCAAGGAUGUGAAGGAACUCUUCGUUCAAAUGUCCCAUUUAGUUGCACAGCAGCAAGAUUUAAUUGAUACCGUUGAAUAUUAUGCGAGCCAAGCAACAGAGCAUGUCGAAUACGGUGGCCAAGAACUUAUGAAAGGAACAGUCAGUCGAAAAAAAGCGAGAAAUAAAAAAGUCGGUCUAAUCGUCUGUUUGGUGUCCGGUUUCCUACUAGUGUUAUUUGUACUUAUAGUCACGUGAUAAAUUAUAAUUAUAAAAUAUUUAUAUCGGUAAUUAAAAGUGUCUAAAUA